GACAGGAACUCAGCAAAUCUUCCUUUGCAUCAGCAUCUGGAUAUUUUAAACAUAAAAUCGCACAGAUCAAAGUAGAACUCUCCUGUGAGCUGCUCACCUCAAGGACUUGCAUUCAACAGAACCAGUUCCCUGCCAGCUGUGUACAGCACUGAAGGAAAAUGGACAUACUGAACAGCCGCCACGUUUUGUACUUUCUGCCUACCACACGCCUUGUCAUCUUAUUAGCAGCUUUGACCACUGCUGAGGAUGUGAGUAACAGCACUUUCAACCGCACUGACACACACACGGGGGCCGCGCCUGUGGUGAUCUCCCGCAUCGACCACAUCAUAGUCAAGGAGGGCAGUAGUGCCUUGAUCGACUGCAAUGUCCAAGGGAGUCCCAGUCCACGUUACAGAUGGUACAAUUCCAAUGGCCGCCUGCUCCAAGAGGAGGAGAAUAAAGGAAAAUGGUGGUUUCUUGACAACGGGCUACUAAACAUUACGCGCGUGUCAUUUGAAGACCGAGGUAAAUACACGUGUGUCGCAUCUAAUGCGCAUGGCAGUGUUAACAAUACUGUGACACUAAGGGUUGUUUUUACCUCUGGAGAUAUGGGAAUCUAUUACAUGAUUGUCUGCCUUGUUGCUUUUACCAUUGUUAUGAUACUGAACAUUACUCGGUUAUGUAUGAUGAGCAGUCAUCUGAAGAAAACUGAGAAAGCAAUCAAUGAAUUCUUCAGAACAGAAGGGGCAGAGAAACUUCAGAAGGCCUUUGAGAUUGCAAAGCGUAUCCCAAUUAUCACAUCAGCCAAAACGCUCGAGCUUGCCAAAGUAACCCAGUUCAAGACCAUGGAAUUUGCUCGCUAUAUUGAAGAGCUUGCUCGAAGUGUACCUUUGCCACCUCUCAUCAUGAACUGCAGGACUAUAAUGGAAGAAAUUAUGGAGGUUGUUGGUCUGGAGGAGCAAGGACAGAAUUUUGUACGGCAGGCGGCAGAAGGCCAGGAAACCACUGAAACAGAUGAGCUUUAUAUGAUCCCAAAUGCUUUGACACGCAGUGAAUCUCCCACAGCUGACUCGGAUGCAUCGUCACUGCAUGAGCCACCUCAACAGAUUGCAAUAAAAGUGUCAGUUCAUCCAUUGUCCAAAAAGGACUGCAUGGAUGGUCAGUCACAGGAAAGCAUGCAGCUGGACACCAAGGAAGAAGACACUCCUCAAACACCAGCACUUCCCGCAGAGCCCCCUCCUGAGCCUUCUGCUGAACUGAGUUCUGAUGACACAGCAUUGGCAAAUGACAAAAAUACAUGUGUUAUAUAUGAAAGCCAUGUAUGAUAGUUACUCCUGAAUCUAUGCAUAGCAGGAAAAUCAGGUGGAGCUCUUUUAAAAAUACAUAUUGUACUUGCCGCUAAGCCUUACCUGGAGACUAUCAUAGCAAAAGCAUGUAAGUGGAUUAUUUGGCACUUUCUUCUCAGUUUGAGUUUAGUUUACCACGAUGUAUGGCAGAGUAAUUGCUAUUACAUUAAUAUUAAUUGCUCUUUUUGAUUAGGAAUAUUUCCAAAAAACAUUUACCUCAGCAUUUUCUAGGUUGGAGUCACCUGAGUGGCCUCCUGGAGGUCACUGGUAGUCUUUGAUGUAGGACACUUGAACUUACUAAACACAAAAUUGUUUUCCAUUUUCCUCCUUCACUCUUGUUAUUUCCAUCUAUUGCAUUUUUGCAAAUAUUAACUUGUGAAUUUGAAAUAUUGCCCAAGAGGCAGCGCUCCAGUAGCCAAAUAAAAUCCUAAUAGAUCCCAUUUACAAAGCCUGUUUGCUCAGCUGUAUUGUGAUUUAGAGGACUAUUAAAAAAAGUUAAAAUGUUUCUAUUUCAUUUGAGACCACACUGCUUAGCCACAUGGGAAAUAGUUUUCCCUUUUUUGUGGAAUGAAGAUGCCAACAAUGGUUUAUUUUUCAUAAAGAAACAUCUUUGAGGUUUAUAUUACAGAUGGGAAAGCCUGUAAACAUCUUACAGAAAGUUGCAGUCCAACAGCUCUGCAGGGUUUUUUUGCGUACAUUUGAACAUUUUCUAUGUUGCCAGAACUUUAUAUGGCAAACAGCUGCAAAUAUGCAAGAUGUCUUGUUUUGAAGUUAUUUAGAAGCAGUAACUAUGUACUACCUUAGCAGAAGAUAUGCAGGUUCUAUAACAGUCCUGCAAAUCCUGCCAGUAAUCAGUUGAUGACAUGGCUGAAAUGGCAAAAUACCCUCUUAUUUGGCUUCUUAAUUUUGAGCAAAUUCAUAUAUUCUAAAGAUCAAGCCUAAAUUCAUCAGAGUUUGAUGAUCAGUCACUCAUUUAAGAGUGUUGUAUCCAAACUGAAAAAAAAAUAUAAUCAAGUGUCCUAUAAAAUUACAAAGACAGUCAUGCAAACUGUUAAAUGUAAUGUAAUUGCAUUAAGAUUUUGAGAACCUCCUACGUGUAGGAUGUUCACUGCUCGACUACAUGUGACUCUGCCCCAGUAAAGCUUUAAUGAUCGCAGCAGUUUUGGCAUUAAAAAGUAUCAACAUUUCUGCCAGGAAAUGCUGGGAGUGGAAAGGAAGUGAUAAUUUCUCUUGCAGAUAGACAAUAAAAAUACCUUCUCUGCAAUGAGUCUGGAAAGAAAGCAUUUACAAGGAGUUUGUGUAGGGUUAAUAGCAUAUUACUUAAUUACCUGACACAUUUAGUUUGGAACUAAUGAACAAGUGUUUAAGAAGGAUUCUAGUAUAAAUAUAGAUACUUAAAAUCAAUCUGGAAUCAAAUAUAUUGUAGAAAAAGAUGUCUCUUAGGUCUAUGGGGAGAUGCUGCAUGGAUGGCUCUCUGGACAUUUUAACGAAGCAGCCACAUCUCCAUAAGGUGUCUGUUGGAGGCAAUCAGUUAUAUUAACUGUACGGUUAAUCAAGACCAGACAAUGUUGCAGGUACCUAAAAGAACCCUUGAUAAUGAACUGAGGUCUUUUGCCAACUUCCUCAUGUUAAAGCGCAGAGCCUCGCCAGCAGUGCAAUACAAGAAUACCCCAUAAAUUUCAUAGGUGAUGCAGAGAAGGCUCCAUAUUUAUCUUUCUGUGGUUGUUAAAAAAAAUCUACAUGUUUAAUAAUGGACUUCAGAUUUUACAAUGAACUUGUGAGAAAUGGCAGCAUUCAGAUGUCUCGUAUUUUUUAAUUAACCACAGUGGCGGGUUUCUAUACAAAAUGCAUUUGCACAUUCCCAAAAGGAAACAUGCAAGGGCAAAGUCCGAUUAGGAAUGUGACUGGAAAUAUUUGUGUUCCAGUGAAGCAAUAUAAAUGUAAGACAGAAGUUAGUUUAAGAGAAUACCAUAUAGAACCUCACUUCUGACCAGUGUGACUGACAAUAGUAUGAUUCAAACUGUUAACUUCUUGUCUGAAUCCAAAGGACAUUUCCGUUUAGUGUUCACAUCAGUUUUUCAAGUCACUUGAUUUGCUUCUGAUAUGAAAAAGGACAAGGGCAGGAACAAAAGCUGGAACUUGCACUAAACUCCUUUAAUUCACCUUAACCUCCUAAGAAGAGGUACGUUGAUGUUUCUGCCUGUUCAGCAUUUACAAACAAUGCCCAUGCAUUCUAAAGUUACCUACCUGGUGCCCAACUAAGAUUGCACAGAUAAGCAAGGAUGUUCUCCUUGGAAGCAUAAAAAUAACUUUUAAAUUACAUUUAAAUUUUUUUAAAGUUAUAAAAAUAUUUAUUACAGUAUUUUUAUUUUAAUCUUUUUUAAACUAUUAAGCUUUUACAAUAGAGAUCACACCCCUUCAUGUAUUUCUAUGGUGUUCUGACCCUGACUACUUCUCUCAGGCUGUCCCCCAGCCUCUUUAUUAUUUAUUUAUUGAGAAACAUUUGAGAGCAAACAAUCCCCAUGGAUUUCUUCAUUAUUGCUGUGUAAACUUCCUUGAAGAUACAAAUGAUGUUUUUCCUUAGAGGCUGCCCACAAAGGAAGCAUUUGAAGUACACAUAAAUGCACAUUGCAAACCACGUAUAAGCAACAGGUACUUGGGUUAGAUACAUGAAAUACAUGGAGUGCUGGAUUCCUGUUGUUGCAAGGUCAAAGUGAACCCUGAAUUUUCUAGAGCUGGAGUCACUCAGAGCUGAGAGUUCACAGAUAGGACUGCUCCAACCAGUCUGGACAUUUAGCUUUGUGUUAUUAUUGGAAUAAAAACUAAACAGCAAUGUAGCUGAAGAAAAUACAGAUUUUAUACAGAACCGAUGGUUCUGGUUUAUUUGGGGUUUUUUGGUGGUUUUGUGUCUGCUGCUCAGUGUCUUAUGCAUCCAUUAUAUGACACUUAUAAGCCUAAAGCUUUUUAUACACUUUCAGGAACUUCCUUUGUGGAAGACAGAUGGGAAGCAAGACCCAAACCUGUCUUUCCUAUUCCAAACUUUCUGACUGUGCUAUAAUAAAGUAGUCAAUUGUGUCUUGCAGUAUUUCUUAGCAAUUGGCUACCUUAUAGUCCAAAAACACAAUUUACAAACAUAAAAUUAACAAUGACUCUAAGAAAACAUUAAUAUUUGUGUUGUUACAUAUUUUCAUGCACCUUAAGCACUUCAGGGGUAUUAAUCUGUUCCUGUCAUUGGACUAUGCACACUUUUUGUUACGUUUUUCUAUUUACAGUACCACCAAACACCAAUGGUUCUUAAAACACUCAGAAUCUGGAAAAUCCAGUCCAACUGAAAUUGCAUUCUAAAAGCAAAGGAACAUCAAGCCAGGCUAAAUAAGGAAAAGAGAUUUGCACAAUAUAUUUACACCAUUUUCAAACAUUUUUGCCAAACUUCAUGAAAGAUGACUAGAGUGCUGCAGCAGAAGAAAUCAGUGUUGGAUUUUAAUUUUACACUUAAUAUUCUUUUCUCAGUAAGUGUAAGACCAUACUAAUCAGACCACUUAAACACAGGAGUCAUUAUCUCUUUUCUCAACAUUUUCUUUUUGAGCAGCAUUUGUUUACUGCUGAACGUUUUUUUGUUCUCUGAUUUGAUCACAUUUGUGAUGAAACCUACCCUUCAGUUAUUUUUUGUCUGUCAUAUAAAAAAUUAAAAGAACCCAUAGACCAGCAUUUUUGUGCAGGUUUGUUGGUACUUGAUAAGGCACAGAAGUACACUCCUGUGCUUAAAAAUUACUGUAUAAUCAUAAGACUUGCAAAAUGGCUUACACGGGCAGAUGUUGAUUUUUUUUAAAAUCAGUGCCUGUUUUGUUCUAAUGUAGAUAGUAUGUCAGUUCCUUGAUUUGCAGUUACCUUUUGACAAAAGUACUGUAAUAUAUAACCAGGGCUUUCUGACUUUCAGUUUGGUCAGAUGAACUAAUUCUAGAAAGUGUUAACAGUAUCAGAUUUUCAAAGUUCUCAUGGGAUAACUUGGCAGCAUGCUAUUUUAAGAGUUGGCCUCUUAAGUAUGCCAUAUUUAGUGGGACAACUGAAAGCUUCUUAGAUGCAAAGGAAAUGCUUGCACUAAAGUAUCGUAAGUUAUAUUUCAUUUGUUAUGAAAUUCUUUUUUGAUUUUACAAGAAAUGUAAGACAAAUAUGAAUGUGUUCUUUUGAGAAGCAUUUGCUGUAUUUUGAUUUAAAUAACUGUUAUGAUUUUAUAGCUCACGGCCGUAAACCACAAAGAGAAAAGUUCAUGCUGAAGUGGCAAAAUGAAAUGUGAUGUAGCUUGUACAUUGAUCAUUGUUUCAAUAAAGAAUUUGCACAGAGUAUGCUGAGUUUGUACACAUUCAACAAAAUAUUUAUGGUACCACAA